AUGCACGGCGGAAGACACGAAAACUACGGCUCCAGCGGCAUGGGCGGCGGCUACAACGACGGCCCUAGAGAAAACUACGGCGGCGGCAUGAACAGCGGCAUGGGAGGAGGCAUGGGCGGCGGCGGUGGCUACGGAGGCGGCCGCGAGAACAUGGGCGGCGGCGGUGGUAUGAGCGGUGGCAUGGACGGAGGCUACGGAGGCGGUGGCCGAGACAACUACGGUCCCUCCGGCGGCAUGGGAGGUGGCCCGGGGCCCCGCGAUAACUACAACGGCGGAGGCGGUAUGGGUGGUGGUAUGGGCGGUGGUGGCGGCUACGGCGGCGGCCGUGAAGAGUACGGCCAUUCAGGUGGGCACUCUUCCCACGGACGCCGUAACAGCUACGACCGCCGCGAUAGCUACGACCGCCACGACAACCACAGCAGCCACGGCAGCAGUCACGACAGCCACAACAGCAGCAGCGGUGGUAGCGGUGGAGGUCUCCUCGGCGGGUUCCUCGGCGGCGGAGGAAACGAUAAGAAGGAGGAGAAGAAGAGCGAGGGGUUCACUGACAAGUUGAUUGAUGGUGCCGCUUCGUACGCCAAGAAGAAGUGGUAA